CUCUUUAAUUGAUUCAUGUGCUCCUUGAAGCUUCUGCACAAGUAAAGGCAGCGUCGCGGAAUCGUUUUCCGCUUCGCCUACAUUCUCGAUCUUGCUCUCCGCCGGAUCGAUCGCCUCGUUCCACUGUUUUAUUCUCUUUAGGAGAUUUACAAGAAAGAUGGCGAAUAGUUCGUUCAAGCUGGCUCAUGACUUUGAGAAGAGAAGGGCAGAGGCUGCUAGAAUUAGGGAAAAGUACCCGGAUAGAAUUCCGGUAAUUGUGGAGAAGGCUGAGAGAAGUGAUAUAACCACCAUUGACAAGAAGAAAUAUUUGGUUCCAGCAGACCUGACAGUAGGGCAGUUUGUUUACGUGAUUCGUAAGAGAAUCAAAUUGAGUGCAGAGAAGGCCAUUUUUAUAUUUGUAGACAACGUGCUUCCACCAACAGGCUCUAUUAUGUCAAAAAUUUAUGAAGAAAAGAAAGAUGAAGAUGGAUUUCUUUAUGUCACUUACAGCGGAGAGAAUACAUUUGGUAUUCGCACUUCAAACCUUCAUUAGAUAAGAUGCCAGUAGAAGUUUAUAUUUACUCUGCUGCCCGCAAGUUAUAAGUUUUACUGUUCUGUAAAUAAUUUAAUUGGGUUGCUGUUUCUGUUCGAAACAUAUGUGAUGAUUAAUCAGAUCUUCUGUUGAUCUUGGUGUUA